AUGCCCGUUUACCUCUUUCCUGACAGCAAGCUUGACUUUUGCAAAACAGACCUAUUUGCGUUUUGCAGAUUAUUUCUUCAGCACGAGGAGCUGCUCGCCGUCUUCAAGAAGAAGUUCAAAGACGUGCCGGUCGAUCAACUCGCCAAAAGUCCCGAGCUGGAGAAUCACGCUUCGCAGGUGAUGUCGACGCUCGAUGAAGCCAUACACUCGCUCAACAAUCUCAACUUCUUCUUUGAGCUGCUCUACACGAUCGGCGUCACGCACCGCGACAUCGCUGGCUUCAGACCAGAGUAUUUUUGGCGGAUAGAACAACCAUUCUUAGAUGCAGUCAAGGAAACGCUGGGAGAGAGAUACACUCACAAUAUGGAGCAGAUUUAUCAAGUCACUAUCAAGUUCAUCAUAGAUACGCUCUAUAAAGGCUACACCAAGGGCGCUGUUAAAUAGGCCUACGCCGGAUGCGCGCCAUGGCAAUCGCCGGGUUAAAGACAGGGAGGAGUGAUUGAUGACGUCCUUUGUUCCAGAAACACCGGAAAGUCGCCAAAAACGAUUUCCUAUUCAGCGUUAAUAACCUCAUAUGCGGGUACUGGCAGAAUUGCUACAGCGUAUCUGCUAUAGACGAAUAUUAACAAUAUGUCGCCGAAGGUACAGAAUUGCGUAGUGCUCUAUAGUCAGUAGAGACACAGUGACGGAUGCCUACGGGGUAUAUGCUGUAAUGUCAAUACACGUGUACAAGGGAGAAAUGCCUGACUUGUAAGCCGGACAACUGAACGUAUCGAUAAUCUAAUUAGCGUACAGGUACGGUGUAAUAUAAGCAUCAAGAGCAGCUGCGUGAAUAUGAGCUGAGAUCUAUACUCACCGGCUAUUAGUGAUUCCGGCAUUAUUAACAGCAGGUCUUACAAAACUGCGACAAAUAUGUAGACAAAAUGUGUAUUCGGGCCUUUUACAAACGCAAUAUAUCAUUGCUGUAUAUAAUAAUAUAUUUAUAUAUAUAACAAUUUAUAACAAUAUAUAUAUAUAUAUAUAUAUAUUAUAUAAGAGUAUAUACAGAAUAUUGAUAUACCAAACGCGCCCAUCGAAAUUUGAUAGGGUAGAAGAAAAAUGUUAAACGUGCACUACGGAGAGGUAAUCAUAUAUUUAAUCUGAGUAUGUGUGUAUAGCAACCGGCAUAGAUGGCGUGAAUAAUUUCUUCAAGCGGCAAAUAAUUUGUCCAGCGAUUAUAGCCUGCAUUUAUUCUGCUAGGCGUGGAAUUGACCCAUCCGUCUGUGCGAGAUAACAGCGCCGCCUGCUUAGAUAUUGCUUCUAAGUCGGUUAAUCUGAACAGGUUUACAUGUAUUUUCACUCCUGCACUCCAGCGUUGCCAAGCAUUGUUAUUAGAUUGUCUUGUCGCGAGAAUGAUUGGCUAGAGCUGUCUACCAGCCGCUCAAGGCGGGUAAAUAUAUAUAUAAAAUGCAUUGAUUGCAAUUUUUACAAGAACACCAUGUCGCCAAUUUAGUUUAUACCGUACUGUCAAAGACAAUUUAUUUAUAUUCACUAGAUAAAGUGACUUUCACUUUCACAUCUGUAUCUUUAUUAAUUCGUAAUCUGUAUCUUUCACUGUAAUUGUCGCACUUUGCAAUGUCUAUUACAUGCAGUAACCCUGAUAGAAAUUCGGAAAAAUGUUAGUAAAUCGCUCAGAAACGUUCGUUCAA